AAUUAACGCAUUAAAACUUUUGGGAAUUUUGUGCGGGUCCUGUUUGUGGACAUUUUGUAUCGGAGAAGAUUAUGGAUUCCAGUUAUUAUUCACGUCCAUUAACGAUGAACUCGAGGACGCCGAGAUUAAAUUCGAAAGAAAACUUCCAGUUUGGUUAAAGGGAACUUUGGUGAGAAAUGGUUUCGGAAGAUUUGAAAUGGGUGAACGCCAUUUCAUGCACUCAUUUGAUGCCUUUGCGAAACUCAGUAGUUGGAGAUUCAACGGAAAUAAAACGGCGUAUUUUUCUACUAAGUUUAUCCAAAGCAGUUUUUAUAAUGAAUCCAUGGCAACAAAUGACAUAGCGCCAUAUUUAUUGUUUGAAGGAGUUGUGCCCCCUUUCGGUUCCUACGACAAGCUGAAGGCACUGGUUCGCGGCAUUGACAAUAUGAACGUUAACGUUUAUAAAUUCUUCAAUGAAAAGGAAAAUAUUUCUGAGUACGUUGCUUUAAAUGAUUUUUGGAAAAUCUAUCAGAUUUCUCCGCGAGAUCUGUCGACAAAAGCUGCCAUUGUUCCUCAAGUUGGUGAAUAUUCGUUAGGUGGUCAGCUGGGAUUUUUGGAUUUAUUGUCGUCUGCCCAUCCAUUACCGGAGCCAGGAACAAACAACCAUAUAACGUUUCUGUCAAGUGUGAGUCUUCUCCCAUUUUGGUCCAGCAACGCCAUUAAUUUGAUUCGAAUCAAAUCUGCUCACGAUAGGGAGGUGAUUGCACGCUGGGAUGUCGAGCGUGUUCCUUACAUGCAUUCCUUUUCAGUAACCGAAAACUACGCCAUCUUAUUCGCCAGCCCCUUUUACGUUAAUGUAGUACGGAUGCUUCAAAAAGCCGAACCUUUCGAGUGCUUGGAUUGGUACCCGGAUCAUAAAACUACGGUCUAUAUCGUGAAUUUGAAAACAGGAGAACUAAAAACCAUGACAACGGUGAAUGUGUUUACAAUGCAUCACGUGAACGCUUACGAAAGAAAAGGGAAAAUUAUCGUCGACAUAUCGGCCUAUCCAAGUCCCGAAUUCGUCAAAAGCCUUCAAAUGAAGGUUCUAUUCGAUCCCGCUAAAAGGAAUGCAUUCGAUGCGCAUGCUUUACUGAAGAGAUUUCGGAUAAAUUUGGAAAAAAACAAAAUAAAUUACGUGGAUAGGGACCCGAAAACGAAAAUUCCUUACACGGUAAAUCUCGAUAUGCCGACAAUAAACGAAAAUUACCGAGCACGGCGAUAUUGUUUCGUAUACGGAAUAGUGUUAAAAAAGGAUAACAUUAACUUAAGUCACAUCUCCAUUGUGAAAAGAGACAUGUGUCGAAAGGGUAGAGAUAAAGCCUUGUUCAUGAAAUACCAUUAUCCUUCUGAAGCAUGGUUUGUUCCAAACCCGAGACAAAAGUCGGAAGACGACGGCGUUCUGCUGCUUCCAAUCUUGGACGGUGUCCGACAAAAAUCCUACCUAGCUAUUAUUAAUCCGAAAACAAUGAAAAUUAUCAAUCGGUCCUAUUUACCCAUUGUAGUCCCAUUUUCGCUCCAUGGACGAUUUUUUGAUGAAAUUGUUUGAAAUGUACACUGACAUACCUUGUGCCUGCCUGUAAGGGCCAUGGUCUCCAUCUGUCAUAAUGAUUUCAGCGCUGAUGUCACGCAUGAAGCUAUUUGAAUUAGGACAAUUUGGCGGGAUAUCGGAUAUUUAAAGUAUUCGUUUUACAAUGUUUUAUUUAUUUGUGUUAGUAAAUGCUUAAUAGUGCUAUA